UGACGCCAAUCGUUGCUGGGCAGCCGUGGUGUCAGUCAGUGUGCGAGGUCGUUGGCGCCAUUAUUUCCUGAAUCCUUCUAGGCCACCUAACCAUGAAGUGGCGUGUUCAGGACUCGCUUGUCGCCUAGCAUCAGCUGAAAGCGGACAAGGCAAACACGAGUAGUCUGUAAAGGGAUUGGCUUAGUUUGACUGGCAAAUUGACUAUUAAGCAAGUAAGCUUUAAACGUACGAACCACCUCUGUGCUAGAGAAUUGCUACAUAUAGAAAAAAUGGUUCCAAACGGAUUUCUUAGUUUUGAGGAUGAACAAUUUAUUGAAUCAUCCGUUGCCAAACUAAAUGCCUUGCGGAAAAGUGGCCAAUUUUGUGAUGUCAAACUUCAGGUUUGUGGCCAUGAAAUGUUGGCACACAGGGCAGUUCUUGCAUGCUGUAGUCCUUACUUGUUUGAAAUUUUCAAUAAUGACACCGAGUCUCAUGGAAUAUCUCAUGUUAAGUUUGAGGACUUGAAUCCAGAAGCAGUAGAAGUUCUGUUAAACUAUGCAUACACUUCACAGCUGAAAGCUGAGACUGAGUUGGUAAAAGAUGUUUACUCUGCAGCAAAAAAGCUUAAAAUCGAUCGUGUAAAGCAGGUGUGUGGUGAAUAUUUAUUAUCCACGAUGGAUGUACAGAGCUGCAUCUCGUACCGUAACUUUGCAAAUGCAAUGGGAGAUUGGCGUCUUUUAGGCAAAAUAGACAUGUACAUUCAGGAGCAUCUUCUUGAAAUUUCUGAACAAGAUGAUUUUCUUAAGCUGCCUCGACUUAAACUGGAAAUAAUGCUAGAGGAAAAUAUCUCCCUUCCAAGUAAUGGGAAGUUGUACACAAAGGUAAUCAGCUGGGUUCAGCACAGUAUAUGGGAACAUGGAGAAAGCUUGGAGACUCUAAUGGAUGAGGUACAGACGUUGUAUUACUCCGCGGAUCACAAGUUGCUUGAUGGAUAUGUCCUGGACCAACAUAAUGAUAUGUUUGCUGGUGAAGAAGAUUGUAUACAGUUGGUUCAGAAGAAAUCUCCUCGUGAAAGUGACAAGCACAUGAGCAGUAGUUCUGGGAUUCCCUCACCUUCAAGUUUUGCUGCCCCAAACCCCAAACACGAAUGGAAAGUUAUUGCAACAGCAAAAAAGUCACAUAAAUCCUACCUUUGUCUUGCGGUUCUUAACAGCACGUUAAGCGUUAUCUUCUUGCAUGGCCGCAACACCCCAUUGAGCUCCCCGUUAAAUACUCCGCGUCUAAUGAAAAGUUUAAGCCUUGAAAUACCUCCAGAUGACUCAAAUGACAAAAUCAUGUCACCAAUGCAUUAUGCUCGUUCUGGUCUGGGAACAGCAGAAAUGAAUGGCAAACUAAUUGCAGCAGGUGGCUACAACAGAGAAGAGUGUCUGCGUACAGUUGAAUGCUAUGACCCAGAAAGUGACACCUGGACUUUUCUGCCUCCAAUGAAAACUCCUAGAGCUCGGUUUCAAAUGGCAGUUUUAAUGGAUGAACUUUAUGUUGUCGGUGGAUCAAAUGGUCAAUCUGAUGAUCUAAGCUGUGGAGAGAAAUAUGACCCUAAAGCAAGUGUAUGGACACCUGUUCCGGAGCUGAGAACAAACCGCUGUAAUGCAGGUGUUUGUGCCCUCAAUGGAAAGUUAUAUAUUAUUGGAGGGUCAGAUCCUUAUGGCCAAAAAGGACUUAAAAAUUGUGAUGUGUUCGAACCUUUGUCAAGGUCAUGGACAGGCUGCGCUCAACUUAAAAUCCGAAGGCACCAAUCUGCAGUUUGUGAACUGGACAAUCAUAUGUACAUCAUUGGAGGUGCAGAAUCAUGGAACUGUUUAAAUUCCGUAGAGCGGUACAAUCCUGAAAAUGAUACUUGGACCCUAGUAGCGCCUAUGAAUGUUGCUCGUCGCGGUGCUGGAGUUGCAGUUUAUAAUGGUAAACUUUUUGUAGGAGGAGGUUUUGAUGGCUCUCGUGCACUAAGCUGUGUGGAAUCAUAUGACCCUUUGAAAAAUGAGUGGAAGAUGAUUGGAAGCAUGAAUUCUGCGAGAAGCAAUUCUGGUUUAUUAGCUAUAGGAAACAACAUAUUUGCUGUUGGUGGAUUCGAUGGAAAUGAUUUUUUGAAUACAAUUGAAGUUUAUAACACUAGCAUAAAUGAAUGGAGCUCAUACACCAAAAUGUGCAGAUCUAAAGCCUGGUAGAUGAUAUUAUUUUUUAAUUUUUUACCUUACGAGGGGUGACCAAAAAGUAAAUAGAAUGACAAAACCCAUCAUUUUUUUUUUUUUUUUUUUUUUAGACCACGUCCCCUUAAAUUUUGAAUGCAUUUGUCCUUGCAGCACCCCAAGGCACACCGUUAAUGAAAGUCAUUUUAGUGCUCCAGCCAGACGUUGGCAGCAAAUACUUAAGUCAUCAGAAAAUAUUUCCCCUACAAAGCUAUCAUCCGAUGUUAAAGCAUAAAAGGUCCCAUAUAAAUUGGGCCAAAAGUAUGAUGGAACAUUCAGUCAGAUUUGCUUAUGCUCUGCUAUAAUUUUGGGUACCUAUCAAAAUGAAUUUGUGCAGAAGCUUAUGGGCCUGUUACAACAAUGCACACAUUUCCAAGUGCUGUGGUGUAUUCAAAAUGAAUGGGCUGCAACGCAUCUCAUUGCAUGAAAAUAAAUCACAACGGACAUUUUUAUACCAUGAAAUGUCAUUCAAAAUUAGUGUUCCCAUAAUGCUCAUGUUUGAACGAGCCAUGUGCGACCAAAAAAUACCAGCCUGUAUUGGAAUACAGUUUAAAAAAAAUGGCUUAUCUUACUUGGCUAUAAACAAUGUCACAAGUACCCAGCAGUGAUUCUGUGAACUUAUUGAUCACCCCUCGUACAUUUUAGUUCAGAAUGUCACGAUGAUCUAUUGAGUUAGCGUAUUGCGUUUCCAUACUGUAUAUUUUGUUUGUAAAUUAGCUUGAAUGCGCAUUGAAAGGUUCUUUUGAAACAGGCAUGUAUUAAUUGGCAUGCGCUGCCUAUGCAUAUAUAGUACACCCCAGUGCAUGUAGCACCUGUACUGGGGGACUUAUAUGUUCCCCUCUGGCUCUCGGAGCUUUAUACACCGUUCCAUUGGUCCAUUGACACCCGGGGCUGAAUAGAACAUUUUGUAAGGCAGGUAACUGGAGAACCUUCUUUUUUAUUUUAUUUUUUUUUAAGUAGUUUUGUGCUUACUGUAACAUUACAUCAAAAAGAAUUGACAAAAUCAUUGAGAUUUAUUUUUUCACAGUCUUCUGUAAAUAUAUAAAAAAAAAAAAAAUGCACUGAGUUGUAGAAUUCCAAUCAGUAGUUUCUAGAAGGUGGAAUGUUUUUAAAUGUUUGUGCGAGUGUUCUGUGUAUUCUUCUUAGUACAGAAUGUGCUCAAAAGCCUUAUUCAAAUUUGAAGAUUGAUAUUUUGAUUAUCAAGUGCAGGAAUGCCAAAACAGUAAAUAUUUUCAGACUGCCUUUUUAUUACUUUUUGUAAGCAAACCAUGAGAGGCACAACUAAUGUUAUUACUGAAGAUUUUUUUUAUAUUUGAAAGUGUUUAUUUUGAAGGCUUUUACAAUCUAAACAUUACAUUACUGUAUGUUUUAAGUAUUCAGAAUCUCUAAUACUUGCCGUAAGUUUCUUUUCCAUUCAUCUUUUCCACUGUUUUAGAUGGCAUAUUUAUUCCUUGGUGGUUUUUGUAAGUUAAUUUUAUGAAAUCCAGCAAUCCGCCAAUAUAAUUUUUUUUUUUUUUUUUUGUAUGUCUUAAGAAGUCAAUUUCAGUAAUGUCUGUAAUAUAACGUUUUUCUAUCACUGUAAUGUUCUUAAAUAAAUUGUAUGGUAAAAAAUGUGGUGUACAAAAAAAAAACAUUUUUUUCCCCCAUCUUUUUGUGCUGA